UGAAAAGUCGCCAUGGCCAUAAGAACCAUGCAUCAAUGCCUCUACAAUCCAUCUCAAUCUUCGUCUAGUGUCACCUCGUCAUAGUCUCAAUCAUUGAGAAUCUCCUAGAUCUCGCGUUACACGGCCAGCAAGCAGCGAGUGCUACUACUUCUAUACCUCCAAACUCACCACCACCACCACCACCACCACCACAACCCAAUAAAAACCAACACCCAGCCAAAUAAAAGCCCAGCAACUACCCACCACCCAGAGACCCAAGAACAAUCAUGUCCCUCCAAACCCCGCUGUGCACCCUCCUCAACAUCCAACACCCCAUCCUCCUAGCAGGGAUGGCGCGGGCCUCCAGCGCGCCGCUGGCCGCCGCCGUCUCCAACGCGGGAGGGCUAGGCACCGUCGGGGGGCUGGGCUACACGCCAUCGCAGCUCUCUGAGAUCCUGACCGAGUUGAAAUGCCUGCUGCGGGACCCGUCGCUGCCGUUCGGGGUGGACCUGGCGCUGCCGCAGGUGGGCGGCGGGGCGCGCGCCACGAACCACGACUACACGCACGGGCAGCUGGACGAGCUGAUCGAGGUGGUGAUCGCGCAGGGGGCGAAGCUGUUCGUGUCGGCGGUGGGGGUGCCGCCGGCGCACGUCAUCACGCGACUGCACGACGCCGGCAUCCUGGUGAUGAACAUGGUCGGGGCGCCCAAGCACGCCGAAAAGGCGCUGGCGCGCGGCGUGGAUAUCGUGUGCGCCCAGGGCGGCGAGGGCGGCGGGCAUACGGGCGACAUCCCCUUCUCGGUGCUCAUCCCGGCCGUUGUGGAUGUCGCGCAGCGGUACCGGAGUCGGCUGACGGGCCAGCCGCCCCUCGUGGUCGCGGCGGGUGGCGUGAACGAUGGCCGCAGUCUGGCGGCGGCGUUGAUGCUGGGGGCCGCGGGCGUUUGGGUCGGGACGCGCUUCGUGGCGUCCGAGGAGAGCGGGGCCAGUCGGCUGCAUAAGGAGGCCGUCGUGGGCGCCACCUAUGGGGAUACCAUGCGGACUCUCGUCGUGUCGGGGCGGCCGCUGCGAGUUUUGCCGAAUGAGUACGUCAAGGACUGGGAGAGGCGGCCGGAGGAGAUCGCUCGCUUGACGGCCCAGGGCAUUGUCCCCAUGGAAUAUGACCUCAAGAACGAUAAGGAUGUCGACUUACCGUUCCUGAUGGGUGAUGUUUCAGCGAAUGUGGCCAGUAUCAAGCCGGCGGCUGAGAUUGUGGAAGAGAUGGUCCAGCAAGCUGUCGAGAUGCUGAAGAAGGGGAGCUCCUACAUACAAGGCCCAGCCAGUAGACUAUGAG